AUUUUAAAGGGUGCCUCGGGACUGUCCAUAAUUUUAAAGGGUGCCUCGGGACUGUCCAUAAUUUUAAAGGGUGCCUCGGGACUGUCCAUAAUUUUAAAGGGUGCCUCGGGACUGUCCAUAAUUUUAAAGGGUGCCUCGGGACUGUCCAUAAUUUUAAAGGGUGCCUCGGGACUGUCCAUAAUUUUAAAGGGUGCCUCGGGACUGUCCAUAAUUUUAAAGGGUGCCUCGGGACUGUCCAUAAUUUUAAAGGGUGCCUCGGGACUGUCCAUAAUUUUAAAGGGUGCCUCGGGACUGUCCAUAAUUUUAAAGGGU